AAACCUUAAACCCUACACUUCCAACGCUCCCUUUCUAAAACCCUUUUUUUUCCGCAGCUCCUCUCCGGCUCCACCUCCUACCCCGGUCUCUCCUCUACCCCUUAUUCUCCAUGGCUAGGGCUCCGGCGACCGUGGUCUCCGCCGCCGUCGCCGCGGUGGCGCUCGCGGCGGAACGUGCCUACGCCGACGGGCCCUUCCGCUUCCCCCCCUUCUCCUCCUCUUCCUCCUCCUCCUCCUCCUCGCCCCCGGUGGCGCCACCGUCUCCGGCGGCCCCCGGAACCGGCCACGCUCCGGCGGAGGAGGCGCCGGAGAAGCCCAGGGCUCGUAACGAUAACCCUCGGACCACAGCGGCGGGGUUCGAUCCAGAGCCCCUGGAGAGGGGCGUGGCGGCGUUGAACGAGAUCAAUAAGUCGCCUAAUGCUAAAAAGGUGUUUGAGCUGAUGAAGAAGCAAGAAGAGACGCGGCAGGUGGAAUUGGCAGCGAAGAAAGCCGAGUAUCAGGUCAUGCAAGCGCAGUACGAGACUGAUAGGCAACGUGUGAUCUAUGAAGAGCAGAAGAAAUUAGUUCAACAGCAGGCACAAACAAAGGCCCAAAUGGCUCGCUAUGAAGAUGAGUUAGCAAGAAAAAGGAUGCAGGCAGAGCAUGAAAGCCAAAGAGCAAGAAAUCAAGAACUUGUCAAAAUGCAAGAAGAGUCAUCAAUCCGACAGGAGCAAAUACGUCGUGCUACUGAAGAACAAAUUCAAGCCCAAAUAAGACAGACAGAGAAGGAGAAGGCAGAGAUAGAGCGUGAGACUAUAAGAGUCCGGGCCAUGGCAGAAGCGGAAGGAAGAGCACAUGAAGCUAAGCUAGCUGAAGAAGUUAAUAGACGUAUGCUGAUUGAGCGAGCGAAUGCUGAGAGAGAGAAAUGGAUCUCGGCAAUUAACACAACUUUUGAACAUGUCGGAGGUGGAUUGCGGGCAAUAUUAACUGAUCAGAACAAGUUAGUUGUUGCUGUUGGGGGUGUAACUGCCCUUGCUGCAGGAAUCUAUACUACCAGAGAAGGUGCUAGAGUUGUUUGGGGGUAUGUGGACCGCAUUUUGGGCCAGCCAUCUCUAAUUAGAGAGUCAUCACGGGGAAAAUACCCUUGGUCUGGCUUGUUCUCUCGUGCUAUGAGCUCAGCAUCAAGUUCAGCAUCAAGCUCAGCAUCAAACAGAAUUACCAAUGGAAACAAUCCUGGAAAGAACGGGAAUGGUUUCGGUGAUGUUAUCUUGAAUCCCUCCCUUCAGAAAAGAAUCAAACAGCUUGCUGAUGCCACAGCUAAUACAAAGGCCCAUCAAGCCCCAUUUCGGAACAUGCUCUUCUAUGGGCCUCCUGGUACAGGAAAAACAAUGGCAGCAAGAGAACUAGCUCGUAGAUCUGGCUUAGAUUAUGCUCUGAUGACUGGUGGGGAUGUUGCACCAUUGGGAUCACAAGCGGUCACCAAGAUACAUCAACUAUUUGACUGGGCCAAGAAAUCUAAUAGGGGUUUGCUCCUCUUCAUUGAUGAAGCAGAUGCCUUCUUGUGCGAGCGGAACAAGACAUAUAUGAGUGAAGCCCAACGGAGUGCCCUUAAUGCCCUUCUCUUCCGCACUGGGGACCAAUCCAAAGACAUUGUUCUUGCCCUUGCCACCAACCGGCCAGGUGAUCUUGAUUCCGCAGUUGGCGACCGUAUUGAUGAGGUCCUCGAAUUCCCUCUCCCUGGCGAAGAGGAAAGGUUUAAACUGCUGAAGCUCUACUUGGAUAAGUACAUUGCAAAGGCCGGGGAAAAUAAAAAGCGUGGUUGGUUUAGUCUUUUUCGUCGCCAGCCGCAAAAAAUAGAGAUUAAAGGUAUAACCGAUGAUAUAAUUAGGGAGGCGGCAGCUAAGACCGAAGGUUUUUCUGGUAGAGAGAUUGCGAAGCUGAUGGCCGGUGUGCAAGCUGCAGUUUAUGGGAGUAAAGAUUGCGAGCUUAACCCAGGUUUGUUUAGGGAGGUAGUAGAUUACAAAGUCGCCGAGCAUCAGCAGAGGAGAAAGCUAGCUGCUCCUGACCAGGGUGCUUAAGCUUUAUUUAUUUAUUCUUUCUAACCGGUUUUUUUUUUUUUUUUUUU